AUGAGCGCUUUCCCGACGCUGCCCCCCGGGGGCGAGGAAGAGCUCCAGACUGCUUGGUCCCCAGCGGUCAACGCCAGCUGCACCCCGGCCGGGGAGGAGGAGGCGGCGGCGGGGAGGCGGGACGCGGGGGCAGCGGGCAUGGUCGCCAUCCAGUGCAUCUACGCGCUGAUGUGCCUGGUGGGCCUGGUGGGCAACGCCCUGGUCAUCUUCGUGAUCCUCCGCUACGCCAAGAUGAAGACGGCCACUAACAUCUACCUGCUCAACCUGGCCAUCGCGGAUGAGCUCUUCAUGCUGAACGUGCCCUUCGUGGCCUCGUUGGCCGCCCUGCGCCACUGGUCCUUCCGGUCCGUGCUGUGCCGCUUGGUGCUCAGUGUGGACAGCCUCAACAUGUUCACCAGUGUCUUCUGUCUGACCGUGCUCAGCGUGGACCGCUACGUCGCCGUGGUGCACCCUCUGCGCGCCGCCACCUACCGGAGGCCCAGCGUGGCCAAACUGAUCAACUUGGACGUGUGGCUGGCGUCCUUGCUGGUCACCCUGCCCAUCGCCAUCUUCGCAGAUACCAGGCCGGCUCGGGGCGGCCAGGCCAUGGCCUGCAACCUGCAUUGGCCGCACCCGGCCUGGUCGGCAGUCUUUGUGGUCUAUACUUUCCUGCUGGGCUUCCUGCUGCCCGUUCUGGCCAUCGUCCUGUGCUACCUGCUUAUCGUGGGCAAGAUGCGGGCCGUGUCACUCCGGGCCGGCUGGCAGCGGCGAAAGCGCUCGAAAAAGAAGAUCACACGGCUGGUGCUGAUGGUGGUAGCCGUCUUUGUGCUCUGCUGGAUGCCCUUCUACGUGGUGCAGCUGCUGAACCUGUUUGUGACCAGCCUUGAUGCCAUGGUCAACCAUGUGUCCCUCAUCCUCAGCUACGCCAACAGCGGCGCCAACCCCAUCCUCUGUGGCUUCCUAACCGACAACUUCCGCCCGUCCUUCCAGCGGGUUCUCUGCCUGCAGUGUUGCCUCCUGGAUGCACCUGGCGGUCCUGAGGACGAACCCCUGGACUAUUACGCCACUGCCCUCAAGAGCAGAGGUGGGGCAGGAUGGAUAUGCCCUCUGCUCCCCUGCCAGCAGGGGCCCUUGCAACCAGAACCCAGCCGCAAGCAGGUCCCCCUCACCAGGACCACCACCUUCUGAAGAGCCCUUUCACCUCCUCCCCAGCCUGGCCACCACAAAGGGGUCUGCUUCACCCUUACCUGCCAGCAGACUGCCUGCCCCGAUGCUCCCCUAAGAGCCACCGCCUGUUCCCACCACAGUCACCUUUUUCCAGCAGUCUGUGUGCUAAUCCCAAGAGCAUCAAAGCUCCUUUAUUUUCUCACAUCCCCAGGACUCUGGGUUCCAGGAGGACGCCUCCAUGGGGGUAGGACUCCUCUGAGCACUGGUCUAUGAUGUGAAUCAUCCCUGGACCUCUGACUGUUUUCCUAGGGGUGGGAGGCAGGGGCAUGCCAGGGAGGAAUGGCCAUCUGCCUGUGCCUUGUUACAGAACCUCUGCCCAGGAGAGGACCGUCCAGAGGGUGGAGGCAGCCAGUGCCCUUGCUCUCUGCCGACUCCUUGGCUGUGGUGGGGACAUCGCAUGUUCAAUACGAGAAGGGAGGAAGGAAGAAGUCUCCAGGCACACUCCCUUUGCUUCCG